CAUCCGCUUCACUUGUCACGAGUCGUUUCGGGUGGUUCAGUUGUUGUUGAGUUCAGCUGGUUCAGCUUGUUCAGCAGCGUUGUCGGUAUCGCAGCCUUGCAAUGGUACAAGAGUGGUGUGAAAAAUUAACGAAAUUUCGCAUUGCUGCAUAUGCAAAACGCGAUCUCAGUGAUUUAGGGCUUCAUUAUUCAGACAUAAUCAAGGCUGUGCUUAGUGACCAUGAUGAUCAGCAGCGCCAAGCAGAUUUAUUGCUGAUGUUACAAGAAGGCGCCGACGUAUUCCUUACUAGAGAAACGAUAUACGAAGCCUUGGACUCGUUGAAAAGUUGCUUCGACCAGCUGAAAAGAACUGAGAAGCGUCAUUUGCAAAGUCAAGUAUUGAUCACUAUGACAUCUGUUCUGCUUCAGUGUGACAUUGACGGAACAACCCAUCUGAUGGAACUGAUUGAUCUGCUGAUUGAGACAGUUGUGCAGGUGAAACGGAAUCAUCCCUUGAUACGCACAACAUGCUGUGAUUGUCUUCUAGAGAUUGAAACAUUUUUUCCAGGUAUUCUUCAGAAGCAUAUAGAAUCUCUUUGGGCAGCAUUUCAGCGAGACUCCUCAUGGGCGUGCCAGCAUUAUGCAAUGGUUGCUGCACUUGUAUUUGUACACCAUACAGGAGAGAAAGAAUCGCAUCCAGUGAAAGAGGCGGGGGACCUCGCGUCGCAACGAUUAUCCGUCCUCCUCAACUUCCUGCCUUGGGCUACCCCACAAGUGGCGAGCAUUAUUUUCGAACACCUAAUGUGCCUUAUUUCAAGGUCUCCUGACAUGCAUACCUUGGCAUUGAAAGCUUUGUUGCCAAAAUUUUUAGGCACACACGAACUAAGCUUGCUGCAGUUAGGACUCGUUCCACAGCUCAAUUUUCCAGAGGUCUGUUUCAGUGUGCCAGACCAGAUACUGACAUUACAACACCUAAUUGCACUCUGUAAUAACCCACUCGUGUACAAUUCGUUCAAAUGCCUGGUGCUGAGCUGGAUUGAGACCUAUAUGCAGCAUUUGAGCACAGUGUCAAAGGCUUUACUGACCAGGACUGAAGAUUUUGAGGCGCUUUUCCCCAUGCCAGUAGACAUGCCAGAAAUGCAGGGUAUCAAGUUGAAGAUCAUCAUUGCAAAUCUCUUGUGGUCAGAAAGCACACUUGACCUUGUAAUGCACUACUUGAGAGGCUUGAAGAAAACAUCAAGUACACAGUGCGGCUUCUCUGUGAACCUCUUUUUCAACUGUAUGUACAGGCUGUACUCAGACUUCAAAGAUUUGAGCUUGCACAGCACUAUCUCAAAAGAAAUAUCAAGGCUGGUGAUGGACUUCAUAACAUCUGCUCCUCUCUGCUGCCAUAACUUCCUGAACUUUCUGAAAUGCGUGGAGCAAGCUGUUCCAGAAAGUCCACUUUCAAGGGAAAUUAUUUCCAAUGUUGUAGAGUCUAUAACGAAUCAGGAUUUAGCACUGUGCCUGGGGAACCUCCAUUCAAACCUAAUCAUUCUUACCAUGGCAGUAGAACGCCCACCAGAGAUUUGUAAACCACAGAUUAUCCUCAAGUUUGUGCAAGACUUGGUUCUUCAAACCGAGCUUCCUGUACAUGGGGACUGGAUGACUGGGAAUCAGUUGCUGGACAUUUCUUGUGCAGUGAUGAUGCACCAAAGAAUCGAUCCAAUCUACUCUGAGCUGUGCAAGGUUUUCUCCACCAUCAUGGACCAUUAUAAUGAUGUGGAUGUGCGAAGCAGAGCAAAAGUGUUCUAUGCAGCCUUGUUUACUCUUUCGGAAUCCAAGGUGAAAAAACUGCUCCAGUCGUGCAACAGCACCUCACCAGAUCGGAAGUCUCACGAGCUUGUAGAUAUUCCCACAGCAACCUUUCCAUUGCCAUCUCCUAUCACACGGUUGAGUCCAAGUAUUAUAGCACUGAAGAAGUGUAAAGGAGGAACAAGCUCACGUUGUUCUCAGUCCGAAGAAAUAUCGGAUAAUACUUUCUCCAGCGACACAUUUGAAGAAUAUAAUGAAUUUCUGAAACAUACUUUUAAUCACGCUGUGAAUAUGCCAUGCAAGAUCAUUUUGGAAACUGAUGACUCAGGGUUUCAUCGUCUUUUUGGAGUGCAUUUACAGUUCUAUCCACCUCAGGGAUGGGGCAAAAUAGAAGACCUUGUGAUUCCAGUUUUCAGCAACAAGGAAAAUGGCUAUAAUGUGGUGCUGAGCAUCAGUCCUAGACAGUUCCAGCCAUGUCAUGUGAACAUAGCGGCAGAGUUUACUUGCCAGGACACACGAAGCUACAUAUGUGAACUACCAUCUCUCUCUAUUGAGUUCGAUGACUUGCUACUGCCAAUACCCAUACUGCCUGAGUUCGGUCCAAGCCAGUGUUCUGCAUGGAGACGCUUCAUAUACAGUCAAGUUCAGGAGAAUUGCGUUAAAAUGGAGAAUGUUCCGGAUUCACUUUCAAUACAAUCUGUGUUCAAGCUUAGUGCAUCAUCAGAGGACAUCUUCACCAAGGUGGAAGAUCGUGCGAAGGAUUUCAUCGUUUCAAAGUCAAACCUUCAUAUAGAUCUUGGCCUCUUAGCUCCUAGUAAUUGUCAUAUUCUCCUCAAUUUUAAACCAGUGGAAGAGUUUACUGUGGUGUCAAUCUUCACUGAUUCUUGGAAGUCUUUGUAUUUAAUAGAGACAUACCUUGAGAGAUUGACUGCAUCUUAGCUACUUUUUAUGUGUAUACAAUUACUUCAUUAUAUUUCGUACAACUGAUGGAGUCUUUCCAUAUUAAGCAUGUGAACAAGAAAUUUGGUUGUUUGAGUACUGUGUCAUAUAGGUUAGAUAUGGUUAGUUGCUUCAAUGCACCAUAGGGGCCUGAUAGUUCAAAGUUGGGUGGGAAGCAGAAACAUUUUGAAGUAAGAGACCCAGCCAUACUAAGAAAAAUUAUUGUUGGGAAUUCUGCGAUUUCAGCACUCAACGCUCUUUAUACCACUGAUAAGGGCGUGUAAUAGUCUCGUAUGUCCUUGUUUGUAAUACUACCUGGUAAGCUAGCAUCACUAACCUAGAUCAGUGUUAUAGUUAACUUCUCUCUCUUUAGAAAAGGCUGUGUUUGCCUUGGGAUGAAUUAUUUUUGUAAAAAUCACAAUCAAAUUUCAUGGUUUCCUGACUUUUGGGGAUGUUGACACCAACCUGGUUGUGCCAACUUGCAAUGAAGAAGCUGCAACUCUGAUUAGAGAGUCUGAACACCAGAUGACAUAAAGAGCAAAAGCUAGGUGUUCACUCUAUGUGAAGACAAAGGAGUGCUUGCCUCCCCGCCUAUGCACAUUUGAUGUCAGUUGUGGACGUACGUGAAGGAACUGAAGUCGCUGUCUGAGACACCAAGGACCACAGAGCAUAGAACUACAGCUUCCUUGUGUUCGAAGUGCCUGCCAUUCUAGAAGGAUAUAUUAGGGGCCUUUGAAGACGUUGCCGAUAUUGUUCCGUGGAAGGUUCUAAAUAGCAGGUUUCAAUGUGUAGGAUGAUGUAAUCUGGAAGGAUGACAUUUUGGAAUGUUGGGCUGUGCUAUAUGCACAACAUUGACGUGAGAACUUGGUUCACAAAUGUGCAAGCUGAAUGCAGUUGCCUGAAAUACAGUCAUGAAGACUCUAAUG